CAACCAGCGAGUUGCCACCGUGCGCCUCGGACUCGGGACGGCUUCCGCAGCCGGGACGGCGAGGCCGAGGGGCGGCGGCGGGAGGGCGGGCGGGCGCCAUGAACGCCGCGCGGACGCUGAGGGUGCCGGGCCGCCACGGCUACGCCGCGGAGUUCUCUCCGUAUCUGCCGGGGCGCUUGGCCUGCGCAGCGGCGCAGAACUACGGCAUCGCGGGUUGUGGAACACUACUAAUACUUGAUCAAAAUGAAUCUGGGCUUUGUAUUUUUAGAAGCUUCGACUGGAAUGAUGGUUUGUUUGACGUGACGUGGAGUGAGAACAAUGAGCACGUCCUCGUCACCUGUAGUGGCGACGGCUCACUGCAGCUGUGGGACACUGUCAACACUGCGGGGCCACUGCAGGUGUAUAAGGAACACACCCAGGAGGUGUAUAGUGUUGAUUGGAGCCAAACCAGAGGUGAGCAGCUCGUGGUGUCUGGCUCAUGGGACCAAACUGUCAAAGUGUGGGAUCCAACUGUUGGAAAGUGUCUGUGCACCUUUCGAGGCCAUGAAAGUGUCAUUUAUAGCACAAUCUGGUCUCCUCACAUCCCUGGUUGUUUUGCUUCAGCCUCAGGUGAUCAGACUCUGAGAGUUUGGGACAUGAAGACCACAGGAGUCCGAAUUGUGAUCCCAGCACAUCAGGCUGAAAUCUUGAGUUGUGACUGGUGUAAAUAUAAUGAGAAUUUGCUGGUGACAGGAGCUGUGGAUUGCAGUCUGAGAGGCUGGGAUUUAAGGAAUGUACGACAACCAGUGUUUGAACUUCUUGGUCACACCUAUGCUAUUAGAAGGGUGAAAUUUUCACCAUUUCAUGCUUCAGUGCUGGCCUCAUGUUCCUAUGAUUUUACUGUAAGAUUCUGGAAUGUUUCAAAGCCUGACCCUCUUCUUGAAACUGUGGAGCAUCACACGGAGUUUACUUGUGGGUUGGAUUUGAGUCUUCAGAGUCCUACUCAGGUAGCUGACUGUUCCUGGGAUGAAACAAUAAAAAUAUAUGAUCCUGCAUGUCUUGCUGUUCCUGCUUGAGGUGCUCAGCCUUGCUCAGAAACAGGCUGUUGCUGAAGAGCUGCUUAACAGCAAAUAAAUUAACUAUUGAAAGCAGACAUUACACAUUGAUGUGCUAUUCAGAUUCCUCAUUUUUUAAACUUUAAACUCUGUUUGAAGCAGCUGAUAAGAAUUUGGGGUUCACUCUGUAAUCCUGACACAUAAGCCAUAUUUCUUAAAAUCCUAAGGUAUAAUUGAUGUUAUAGUAUAGCAUAGUAUCCAUUAAAAUGUUAUAUCUGUACUAUAAAAUGAAUUAAAACAUGGGAGAUCAAUGAUUAUAUGAAUAGUAAUAUAUUUCAUUUUUAAUUUGUCACUUUUGAUGUAAAAUAGAAUCACUGCUACUGGAAAAAUCAAAAUAAACAUCAUCUCUUGGUUA